ACAGAAGAGGACACUAUCCGCAUACUGGUGUCGACCGACAAUCAUGUGGGCUAUGCAGAGCGGGAUCCAAUCCGGAAAGAUGAUAGCUGGCGGACCUUCGAUGAGAUCAUGCAGAUAGCGAAAGGCCAGGACGUUGACAUGGUUCUUCUUGGCGGCGACCUCUUCCAUGACAACAAGCCAUCUCGAAAGUCCAUGUAUCAAGUCAUACAAUCUCUGCGGAAAAACUGUCUGGGCAUGAAGCCCUGUGAGCUGGAGUUUCUGAGUGAUCCGCAAGAGGUUUUCGGUGCAUCAACCGACUGCGUCAACUACCAGGACCCCGACAUCAACAUCUCCAUUCCAGUCUUCUCUAUCCAUGGAAAUCAUGACGACCCCAGUGGCGAUGGUCACUACUGUUCGCUCGAUCUUCUACAGGCUGCCGGGCUCGUCAACUACUUUGGCCGUGUGCCCGAGGCGGACAACAUCCACGUCAAGCCGGUUCUCCUGCGAAAGGGAGAGACUAAACUGGCCCUCUAUGGGCUAAGCAAUGUUCGUGAUGAGCGGAUGCACAGGACAUUCCGAGACAACAAGGUUCACUUUUAUCGGCCAGGCCAGCAGAGGAACGACUUCUUCAACCUAUUGACCCUUCAUCAAAACCACUACGCCCACACACCAACCAGCUACGUAUCAGAGAACAUGCUACCCGAGUUUAUGGACCUUGUCAUCUGGGGCCACGAACACGAAUGCUUGGUGGAUCCCAUAAAGAACGAUAUCACCAAUUUCCAUGUCAUCCAACCCGGUUCCUCCAUAGCCACCUCUCUUGUGGAGGGCGAGGCGGUAACAAAGAAGGUUGCAAUUCUCAACAUAACCGGCAGACGUUUCACGGUAGACAAAAUUCCCCUGAAAACGGUCCGGCCAUUCGUCACCAGGGAGGUUGUGCUGGCGGAAGACAAACGAUUCAAGGGGCUCGAGAAGAAACAGGACAACCGCCAAGAAGUCACCAAACGCCUGAUGACAAUUGUUGAAGAGAUGAUUGAGCAAGCUAAUGCCCUGUGGGAGUCCACCCACGGCGGUGAUGCUGCCGAGGAUGAGGAGACGCCUCUUCCCCUGAUACGACUCAAAGUGGAAUAUACCGCUCCGGAAGGCUCCAAGUUUGACGUGGAAAACCCCCAGCGCUUCUCCAACAGGUUUGCCAGCAGGGUGGCCAAUCAGAACGACGUCGUGUACUUUUACCGAAAGAAGACAGCAGUCACAAAAGCCCUGGAAUCGGUCGAUACCAUCAAGGUCGACACUCUUGUGCAGGAAUACUUUGCCCAGCAGUCUUUGAAGAUUCUGCCACAAGCUCCUUUUGGAGAUGCUGUCAACCAGUUCGUCAACAAAGAUGACAAGCAUGCUGUGGAGAUGUUUCUGCUCGAGUCACUCUCCACGCAGGUCAAGGGGCUGCUGCAGCUCGAUGACGAAAAGGUGACGGACGACUUGGAGGCACAAAUCGAGGAAUACAGGAAAGUCAUGGAGAAAGAUUUUGUCAUCGGCCAGCACAAACAAGCACAACGCAAGAGGAGGUUCAAGCCCAAGCCCAAUGGCUGGGAUUCCGAUGUGGAUGGCCACUGGCAUGCCCAGCCGGAAGCGCUUGAAGAGCUGGUGGCAUCUCCACCACAGGCAACUUCCAAGAGCCGAGGCGGUGCUCGCCCAACCUCUGGCGUUGUCUUCAGUGGUGAGAACGAGGACAUGUUG